UUGUUGCGUUGCAGUUCUUUAUGAUUAAUCGCACUAACAAAAACUGUAUCACACGUCAAUCUUGUAUCAAGUUAUAUCAACAAAUUAGUCACUGCUCCUUGACCUGCAACUCAGAUAAAUAACAAUUACGCUUCAUUUACCAAUUCAGUUGUUCCGACGCCGCAUGCGUGUGCGCAUCGAUGUAAACAUGAAGCUCUAUAUUGUAUUGUUUACAUUUUUCGUCUUAAUACAAUGCAGUCAAAGUCGAUACACUGAUUGGUUACCACAAAACCUAGUGACUACGUUUACAAAUAAGACGACACAAAUAAAAGACUAUGUGCGUUCGAAAGGGCGUAGUAUCAAACAAUUCUACGUUGAUAAUGUAAAAAACCGAAUAGUGUCUUAUCUGUCCCCGAGUAAUCUAACGGAGGAAGAUAUCACAAUACGGCCGGAACGGAUGAAACGCAAAUUUAAUGAUUACGUCGAAGAUGCUCAAGCGCAGGAUAAGAAGCUUUUUGAUGUUAUCGCACCGGAAAGGAUUGAAUAUGACUGCAACGAUAAUGAUCCCAGUAUUCACAUGACGACGCCGCAACUAAUAGCGUCCCAUGGAUAUACUUCUGAAUCGCAUACAAUUGUGACCAGCGACGGCUACAUAUUGACAGUGCAUCGCAUACCGUAUUCCAAAAAUUCUACAACAAGAACGAGUCCACGUAAAACUGUGUUACUCCACCACGGUCUUCUUGGCAGUUCCGCAGACUGGAUCAUUCCUGGGCCGCAAAAAGGUUUGGCUUACAUUUUAUCGGAAGCGGGUUACGAUGUUUGGCUGGCGAACGUUAGGGGCAAUACAUAUUCAAGAGCUCAUGUUUCUUUAAAUUCUGACACAUUUGAAUUCUGGAAUUUCACAUUUCACGAAGUCAGCCAACAUGACUUGCCAGCAGUUAUCGAUUACAUUAUGGAGAAAAAGGGCUGGGACUCUAAAAUAAAUUACAUAGGCCACUCGAUGGGCACAACGAUAUUAUUUGCUAUGUUAUCUACUAAAACCCAGUACAAUAAAGUUUUGAGAGCGGGUUUCGCAUUGGCUCCAGUCGCCUAUAUGACUCAUAUAGAAAGCCCUAUAAAACUUCUAGCAAAAUAUAGUAAUAAUUUGGAAUACCUCCUCAAACUUCUUGGAGCUAAUGAAUUUCUACCACAAAACGCAGUGCUGCGCUGGUUGUCAAAACACGCGUGUGAAAUAAAUAAAUUCGAGGAGGCUAUUUGUGAAAAUUCUAUGUUCGUUCUUUGUGGUCACGACCAACGGCAAUUUAAUAAGACCCUUCUGCCUCUCAUGUUAAGCCAUGUCCCUGCUGGCGCUUCAACGAAAACCUUAGUUCAUUAUGCACAAGAGAUCAAAAACGCAGGAAGAUUUCAGCAAUUCGAUUAUGGGCCUGAAGGAAACUUUAAGCAUUAUGGUAAUCUUUCACCUCCGCAGUAUCCGAUACAUAAAAUAACUCUGCCAAUUGCUCUGUUGAGUUCUGAGAAUGAUUGGCUGGCCGGUGAUGUAGACGUCACUAAUUUAUAUGUACAACUACCCAAUCCUAUAGAACAUUAUAUAGUACCACUGAAAGAGUUCAAUCACAUUGACUUCCUUUGGGCUAUCGAUGCACCGACGCUUGUAUAUGCUAAACUUUUGGAAUUGCUUGAAGAAGGGACAAGUGAUUCAAAUUUAAUAAACGAUAUUGACAUCGGUUUACCAAUUCAAAAUAAUAUAUAGGUAAAUCGUCUGAAUAUUGAAUUGACGUAAAAUAAAAAAAUACUAGGUAAGUAACUAGUUAGUUAAUUAUGUAAAAAAGCAUAUCUGUACAUAUAAUUAUUAUCAUGUAACGAGAAAAUUGCAUUGUUAGCACUUACAGUUUCUCGAUCUCAUCAGAAAAUGCUCCAGAUAUUAGGAAUCUUCAUAAAUUGUUGUUAGAAUAUGUAAUUGUUAUUAUUAUAAUAUUAAAUUAUUUUGACCAAUGACUCAUCAAUUGAUAAUGACCAGUGACUCAUUAUUUACUGCAGUUGAACGUUGAACUAUAAACUUGUUUAUGUUAUUCAAUGUUGAUAAAAUCAUGAUACAGUGUAAAAUUAGUAUAACAAAUAUAGUGUUUGCUAACAACAUUCUAAUAGAAAACCGUCAUCGUGGACGUGAUAGUGAGAUUGAUUAGUUUUAUAUCUUUAUAUUAUUUAAAAUUAGACUCGUACUUCGUAUACUUAUAAUUAUCUGACAUAUUAUUAUCAAGGAAUCAAUUGGUAAGUAUUUGUAUUAAUAUUAGGGGGCUUGUAGAUUAUUUUUAUUAUUAAAUUUUAAAGAUGAAAUUUUUUGUAUCGCAACGAGAUAGUUAAUACACAUAAUAUUUACAUAAUUAUAGGUAGGUAUUAUAAUUACGUCAGUGCUAGAUUCAACUUUAUUGAAAACAAAUCAAUAGCUUGUACUACUUUGUACCAAGCAAAGUUACGAAAUACAACUCACGCAAUUAAUUACCUGAUGGAAUUUUGAUAUUGAAUUUGCAUGACGAUAAAGUUCUAAACAUACCAAAUAACUUGGUAAUAAACAAAAAAUGGCAUUUUAAGAGGUCCGAAAGAUAAUAUUAUCGUUCCUAUCGGUAAUUACUGGCGCUUGUUUAAAUAACUAGGUAAUUUUACUUAAAGUAGGUAACUAGGUACCUAUUAUCAAAAUGUACAAACUAGAUCUAAGCGUAAAAUAUAUAGUUAGAUCUUAUUUAAAUUAA